AUGGCCUAUCCAGAAGACGUUCAGAAACUCAUAAACACGGCAGCAUCGCUAUACGCUUCCAAAGACUAUAGUGCUGCUGCUGACAAGUACGCUGAAGCGUGUGAAAAGGCCGCGGCCGCUUCAGGUUCAGAGGAUGCAGAUUUGCUGUUCUUAUACGGAAAGGCUUUGUUCCAGUGUGCUGUUGCAAACUCACAGGUGUUGGGUGGUGUGACUGGCGGAGAUGAGAAACCCGAUGAUGAAGAAGCUCCAACAGAGAAAGACUCGAGAUUUCAGUUUAGUGAGGAAGUUCCUCUUGCUGAAGAGGACGAUGUUAGCGAGGAUGAGGGCCCACAAAAAGCAGAGGAAUCUGAUUCAGAAGAUGAUCAGGAUGAAAACGAAGCAGAGGAAGAAGAGCAGACAGAUUUUGAGGUUGCAUGGGAAAUCCUAGAUCUCACAAGAACGCUCUUUGAGGCUCAAUUGGCAGAGUUCGAUGAGAAAGAUGACGUUAAAAAGACAGAGCCACUCCUCCAAUCCGAAUCAGAAGAACCUUCUGAUCCUCAGACGCUCAUCAGAAAGAAAUUAGCAGAUGUGUAUGACAUUCUAGGCGAAGUGUCGCUGGAGGCUGAGAAUUUCCAGCAGGCAGCAACUGACCUAGAAAGUUCUUUGAAGCUACGCGAACUACUAUAUCCAAUUGGAAAUGGUCUUCUCUCAGAGUCACAUUACAAAUUAUCACUUGCUUUUGAGUUUUGCGUCGAAGAUCCGGAAUCUACUGCCAAAGCUAUCAAGCAGAUGGAGCUAGCAAUUGCAAGUAUGCGCGCUGCGGCUUCAGGUGUUGACACUGAUUUACUUCAGGACAUGAAGGUCCGUCUUGCAGAUCUCAAAAAGGAUCCAGAAGAAAAGAUGAAGGAAGAAAAAGACCGUAUUAUUGAAGGGAUUUUGGGCCAAGCUGCUCCUACAGCAGCGCCUAAAGAAGCGCCGGCUCCAGCUGCCGUUAAUGAUCUGACUUCGAUGGUAAAGAAAAGGAAACCUUCGGCUGGUAAGCUAGUAAAUGGAAAGAGGGCGAAAAAAUAA